UGCCACAUCAGCAGUACCACAGUGCCACAUCAGCAGUGCCACAGUGCCACAUCAGCAGUGCCCCGCCACCAUGACGGGCUCAGUUCUGAGCAUGCCAGGCCAACUGGUAAAUGAGUCCAUUGCCGAAUACCGACAACGUUUCGAAACCCAGCUCGCACUAAUCGCGGCUGAGGAACAGCGCCAGCUGGCAGCCGAGGCCCUCCGCCUACAGGCUGAAGCGGCGGCAACAGUUGAGAAGCAGCGGCUUCAGGCCGAAGCAGACGCAGAUACCCAGGCACGCCGCAAGGAAGCCCAGGAUCUGCUACAGCGGCAUGAAGCCACCAGCAUUGAAAGGCUCAAGUUUUGGCAUUUUGAACCAUCCGAGGAGCAGGACGACGCGACACCGAAGGAACUGCACAAGGAAUUCAUGGCCAAGCUCAUGACCAGGUUGGUUUACACUUGUAACCACCUGCAGUCUGAGCUGGCAAAUCUCCGGCGGACAAUGCAGAACCACAAGGAUCUGCACGAGGAUGCUACACGGGCACUUCAUUCCCAUGUACAGGACUUGGAGCAAGUUGCACCAAAACCGAAUGCUGGCGAGACCAGCAGUGCACCCUCUAGCCGCCAGUUGGAGGAACGAGUUGACCACGUAGUCGCAAUGCUCGGCGACAUCAGUACCUUCGCUGCACCAGCCACCAUCAGCAAUCAGCUGGACACCUUGAAGACCGAGGUUCAACAACUGCACCAGCUGCGUAACAAGGAUGGCAACGCCGUGCAGCACUACAAGAUGCCGACUUUCCAAAUCGAGAAGUUCAACGAUUAUACGCAUCAAGACCCGGUCCUCUGGUGGGAGGGCUUUACAACGCAACUUCGGAUUCUGUUCGUCGCCAAGCACGCGUACAUCGGCGCGCUAUUUCUCAACUCAAAGGCCGGAUGCCAGAUCUGGUUGAGCCACAUGGCAACUGUCCACGGCGUCGACAUCGCAGAUCUGAAAGACAAGAUCUCUUGGGAAGAGUUAACACGACUAUGGAAGAAGCGGUUCAUCGUGGACGACGCCCCGACGCUCGCCAUCAACCGCCUCUUCAGCAUGACGCAAGGCACACAUCGACACGUGACUGGCUCACGGAAUGGCAGAAGAUCGCGGCAACGCCUGAUCUUGACUUGCCAUUUUCGCAUCUGCGCCGUGAUAGCAACUCCGUUGAUGGACGCCGGAGUAGAGGUUGUCGACCUUCACGCCUACAUUGCGAAGAUCGACCGCGAGUUCAAGACACAACGCGAGGAAGAGUUAAGUGUGCUACGGGCACAACUCGACGACCUUCUGGAGAAAGGCUGGAUUCGGCCUAGCUCAUCGCCAUACGGUGCUCCCGUUCUCUUCGUUCGGAAGAAGAACAAGGAUUUGCGGUUGUGCAUCGAUUAUCUCAAGCGCAACGCGCAAACAAUCAGAAAUGGCGGCCCUCUUCCACGCAUCGACGACCUUCUCGAACGACUGGGCGGCGCCAAAUUCUUCUCCAAGCUCGACCUCAAGUCGGGAUAUCACCAACUCGAGAUUCGGCAGGAGGACCGCUACAAGACCGCGUUUAAGACACGAUAUGGGCAUUUCGAAUGGCUGGUUAUGCCAUUUGGCCUUACGAAUGCCCCGGCCACUUUCCAAGCGGCUAUGACAACGGAGUUCCGACACAUGCUGGAUAGAUUCGUACUUAUCUACCUCGACGACAUCCUGGUGUACAGCCGGAGUUUGGACGAGCAUGUGGAACACCUGCGCACCGUUUUGGAGCGGCUACGACAAGCCAAGUACAAAGCCAACCGCGACAAAUGCGAAUUCGCAUGGCAGGAGCUGGAGUACUUGGGACAUUAUGUGACGCCGCAAGGCAUCCGUCCGUUUGCGGACAUGAUCGAGGCCCUCCGCGUAUGGCCUGAGCCCACCAACACCACGGACGUUCGUUCAUUCAUGGGGUUGGCGGGUUACUAUCAGUGAUUCAUCACCGGAUACUCGAGGAUUGCCGCACCUAUGACGAGAUUACAAUC